AUGCAACUCACCCCAGACUUACGUCUAACAUAUCAUCGGGACGACGGCGAUCUCCUCGACAACCUCAUCAGGCGAGCACUGACUCGCCUGCGCUUAGAGCGCCGUAUUGCUGUGGAUUGCCAUCCGGAGCACGGACUUCAGCGCAAGUCUCGCAAUCCUAUCUCGGCAAAGUCAAACUCGAGCUCCAGGACCAGUCCAAUACCCUGUCGAGCAUCCCAAGAAGUUCCUUUCGGUGCGCGGCGGAUGAAAGCAAUCAAGGCUAACCAGAAAAACCAGGAACAAGAACAAGACCUCGCGAGUCGGUCUGAAGCUAUCAGGAUUCAUGGGCGGGCCAUGAGAUCAUCGACGUGGGGGCGGAUUUGGAGGUGGGCUGGGGCAGGCUAG